AUGGAAUACAAGGAAAAGGAUGGAGCAGUGGAGCCCAUCCAUGUACACACAUUGGUGAUCUCUGUACAUCAUGCACCCAAUAUGCCUGUACAACAAAUGCGGAAAGAACUAAUGGAAAAAGUUGUCAAAGAAGUGAUUCCAGCAAAAUAUCUAGAUGAGAACACAAUCUAUCAUCUCCUUCCAAGUGAAGUUUCAUGCACCCCCGUGUGCACUGGAUGGCAUUGUGCCUGGGAGUCAGAUGACCUUUGCUGGAGUGAUGCAGCUCCUCACUGGGGCAGUGCCUGCAAGGGUGAUGCUGGACUGACUGGCCGAAAGAUCAUUGUUGAUACUUAUGGAGGCUGGGGAGCCCAUGGAGGAGGUGCUUUCUCUGGGAAAGAUCCUUCCAAAGCUGAUCGCUCAGCAGCAUAUGCAGCUUGCUGGGUUGCAAAAUCCCUAGUGAAAGCUGGUCUCUGUAGAAGAGUAUUGAUCCAGCUGUUUUAUGCUAUGGGUCUGAGCCAUCCUCUAGCCGUUUCCGUGUUCCACUAUGGCACUUCAGAUAGAUCAGAAGAAGAGCUGCUUGAAAUUGUACAGAAAAACUUAGAUCUACGCCUUGGAGUCAUUAUAAGGGAACUGGAUUUGAAGAGACCAAUAUAUCAACAGACUGCAUGUUAUGUGCACUUUGGAAGAGAAGAAUUUACAUGGGAAAUACCAAAGAAGCUUGUGUAUUAAGCUUUUCCAAACCUCUCUCUUAUAAUGGAGAAUCUUUUUAAUAAGCAGGUAUGACCUCUAAACUGUCAAAGGGGAAAAGGAUCUUUUUAAAAUCUAAUA